AUUCUACUUCCAGAAUAUGUAACCUCCUACUGAAUGGAUAAAACAAUGUGAAUCAUUUCCUGAUUAUAAUUUUGAAGAUCAACUAAGUUCCGAUAAUUAACUAUAGUUGGACAAUGAACAAGAAAUGUGUAAAUGUAUUUAAACAACAAUAAUAUUUGUUUAUUAUUCAUACUACUACUACUACUACUACUGAUAACAAUAAUAAUAAUAGUAGUAGUAGUAGUAAUGGUAAUAAUCAUAAUAAAUAUUGUCUGAUUAUGAUGAGUAUAAAAGGAUUCAAUAAAUGAUAUAAACAAAUAUUUAUAUUUAGAAUUUUCAUUAUUAUUUAUAACAACUACUUAAUAUGAAAUACUACUGUUUACAGAAUAUUUCCUUAAUGGUAAUCACUAUGGUGUUGUUAUUGAUGACAAUGAUGAUCAAUGUUAAUUAUUCAUAUACAAUUGAAGAAGACCAGUAUGGAGAUUCAGAUGGUGAGAUAGAUGGUGAUUAUGAAUAUGAGGAUGGAGAUGAAACGGAUGUUGGGAAUGAAGAUGGCUAUGAAAAUGAAGGAGUACUGAAUGAUCCACAUUUCUAUAGGAAAGGACAUUAUAAGAAAUGAGGUUUUUAUAUAUUUGGGCAAGACUGAUUACCGACUAGUCAGGAUUGUAUCUUUUAAAAUGUAACAACUAAUAGUUUGAAAUGAUAAAAUAGUACAAUAAAUGAAUUUGCAUUGUU